CUAGCAACAAGCUGUGGAGAUAAAUAACAUCCGGCCGGUGCCUUCAUCUGCAUCUGCAUCAGCUGUGGAGGGGGAGAAACAUCACAUGAGAGAAGGAGCCCCUCCAUGUGUCUCUCUGUUUUUAUUUAACAUCUGAAAUGGAGAAUUUACAAGCAGGGGACGCGCGCUAUCUGAAAAGGAGAGUGAAGGGAUGCUCUCUGGACGUCCACCCGACUGAGAAAGCGCUGGUGGUGCAGUAUGAGGUGGAGGCGACUGUUCUGGGGGAGCUGGGCGAGCCCAUGGUUGGAGAGCGGAAAGAGUGUCAGAAAAUCAUUCGCCUGAAAAGCCUCAACGCCAACACGGACACGUCGUCUCUGGCUCAGAAGGUGGUGGACGAAUGUCGUCUGAUCCAUCCGUCUAAACUCCGUGAGGUGGAGCAGCUGCUCUUCUACCUGCAGAACCGCAAACAUCCCAACGACAACCAGGAGAAGAGACGCAUUUCGCCUCGAGACUUUGCACCGUACGCUGGAGUGGAGCUGGACGAGGAGGCGAGCAUCAGCCGGGUCGAUGAGUACGUGGAGCUGCUCUAUGAGGGCAUCCAGGAGAAGAUCAGAGGAGCGACGCUCAUCUUUCAGCUCGCUCGCAACCCGGACAACCUGGAGGAGCUCAUGCAGAACGAGGCGGCUCUCGGAGCUCUGGCCCGAGUCCUGAGAGAAGACUGGAAGCAGAGUGUGGACCUGGCUACGACCAUCACCUACGUCUUCUUCUGCUUCUCCAGCUUCUCCCAGUUCCACGGCCUGGUCACGCAUUUCAAGAUCGGAGCCUUGUGCAUGAACAUGAUUGAACAUGAGCUGAAGAGGUUCGACCUCUGGCAGGAGGAGCUGCAGAAGAAGAAGUCGGCCUAUGAAGAGUUACCUGAGAACCUGAAUCUGAAGAAGGAGCAUGAAAAGUCUUUGAGGAAGUACCAGAGCCUCCUGGUCAAACAGGAGCAGCUUCUCAGAGUCGCUCUGUGUCUCUUACUGAACUUGGCUGAGGACACUCGCACCGAGCUGAAGAUGAGGAACAAGAACAUCGUCCACAUGCUGGUGAAGAUCGUGGACCGCGAGGACAAGGAGCUGCUGCUGGUGGUCGUCUCCUUCCUCAAGAAACUCUCCAUCUUCCUGGAGAACAAGAACGACAUGGCUGAAGCGUCGGCCGUGGAGAAGUUGUCCCGCCUGGUUCCCUGCGAUCACCCGGAGCUCCUGAGCACCACCUUACGCCUCCUGCUCAACCUGUCCUUCGACACCUCCCUGCGCAGCCAGAUGGUCCAGGCUGGACUCGUUCCCAAACUCUCCUGUCUGCUCGCUGACGAGGCCCAGAGACAGCUCAGCAUGUGCAUUCUGUACCACAUCAGCAUGGACGACACAUUCAAGUCCAUGUUUGCCGACGCGGGCUGCAUACCGCAGCUGAUGUCGCUGGUGUUUGACUGCGGUGACGAGAUCGAUGUCGAACUGAUCUCACUCUGCAUCAACGUAGCCGCCAACAAGAGCAACGCCGCCGUCAUGUGUGAAGGUAACGGCCUGAAGAUGCUGAUGAAGCGGGCGUUGAAGAGGAAGGACGUCCUGGUGAUGAAGACCAUCAGGAAUCUUUCCCAACACAACGGACCCACAAAGAAUCUCUUCCUGGACCACGUUGGAGACCUGGCGGCUCAGAUCAACGAGGACGAGGCCGAGGAGUUUGUGAUCGAGUGUCUGGGAACGCUGGCCAACCUGACCAUCCCCGACCUGGACUGGGCCCUGGUCCUGGAGGAGUACGGCCUGGUGCCGUACCUGAAGGACCGACUCAAGCCAGGUUCUGCUGAGGACGACCUCAUCCUGGAGGUGGUGAUCAUGAUCGGCACCGUGUCCAUGGACGACUCGUGUGCAGCCAUGUUGGCCAAAUCCGGGAUCAUUCCUGCUCUCAUUGAUCUGCUCAACGCCCAACAGGAGGACGACGAGUUCGUGUGUCAGAUAGUUUACGUCUUCUACCAGAUGGUUUUCCACAAAGCAACAAGAGACGUCAUCGUCAACGAAACCCAGGCGCCGGCGUAUCUCAUCGACCUGAUGCACGACAACAACGCAGAGAUACGCAAAGUCUGCGGCAACACGCUGGACAUCAUCGCUGAGUACGACGAGGAGUGGGGCAGGAAGAUCCAGACGGAGAAGUUCCGCUGGUACAACAGUCAGUGGCUGGAGAUGGUGGAGAACCGGCAGAUGGAUGAAGGUGGAGAACCGUUCCUGUUCGGGGACGACGGAGAUGCCCUGGACAGAGCCGACCUCUUCUACACCCCAGAUGGGAUCAUCUCAGCCGACGGCGCCGUCAGUCCAGACUUCUACACCGACUUCCAGAGCGGAGACCUGGGCCCGGCCGGAUACAUGAGCAGCGUCUCGGACCCGUUCAUGUCUCCGGCUCAGAUGGCAACGGACCGGCCCGUCAGCGCCUACGGCUUCCGACCCGAUUCCGAAAACUUCUUCUACAACUUCUCCACCUCCUCCCGGUAAAAAACCCGGAGCCUCACACGCGUUCGUCUCAUUUCUGCUGAAAACUCUAAAGAUUGUGGACACUUUACUGUCAUAGGAACCGGUAGUUACUUAGAUUUCGCUCAUUGUCUUAUUCAGGGAACAAAGAGUUUUAGUAAGUACUUUAUAAAGAGCAUUUAGAUGUUGGCUUUACCUGAUUCCUACACGAGUAGAGGAGCUUAAAUAUUAUUCCAGGCCACUGCUGAUUGGACUGCACUCACAAUAUUUGAGUUUAUUUCUUUUUAGCUCGGUCAUCUGAUCCAGACAGAACCUGCUCUGGACAGAAUAGAAGCCAAAAUAUUGCACAAAUCUGUGUUUCCAUCUUCCACCAAUUAAGUAAUUUGACUGUCUAUAGUGAUUAGAUGCUAGCGGCUUAGCUACGUAGCCUAAAGCAACUACUACUUCCCCUAGAAUAGUUGAUAACUGAUAUGCAAACACUGGUUGCACAUAAUAAUACAAGAUGGCGACGGCCAUUACUGAGAUUUUUUAACUUUGCUUCUAGUUCAUGUUUGUUUUUACCUCAGUUGAAUAUUUCAGGCUCAAAAAAUACACAUAUUGAACAUGUAUCUGGUGCAAAUUCUGUCUUUGACUGAGUGUAAACACGGACGACAUUUCACAUCUUCUCAGUUUUGUGUAAGAAAUUGAAGCCAAAAUAUUGAAGAAAUCACUGCGUCCAUCUUGCAUUUGAAAUUCUUAGACUCCUGACAGUGAUUAGAUGCUAGCAGCUUAGCUACGUAGCCUAAAGCAACUACUCCUCCUCCUAGAAUAGUGGAUAACUGAUAUGCAAACACUGGUUGCACAUAAUGGCACUAACACGAGAUGGCUGCGUCCGUUUCAGAGAUACUUUGGAUUCUAGGUCUUGUCCUCAGAAUUCCUCAGAUUCUCACAUCUGACACAGUCGGAUAAUAGUUUGUUUUUACCUUAGUCGAUUAUUUGCAUGCAAAUUGAACUGAUGCAUAUUCUGUUUUUGAGCGUAAAUAUGAACAAACCUUCUCCUCCUUCCUCUGUCCAAAACUGAAGUCAAAAUAUUGUAGAUAUCAGCGUUUCCAUCUUGCACCAAUUAAAUCAUUUGACCGUUAGUUGUUAGCUGCCUAGCUACGUAGCCUAAAGCAACUACUACUCCCCAUAGAUUAGUGGAUAAUUGAUGCAAACACUGGUUGCACAUAAUGGCACUAACACAAAAUGGCGUCGCCCGUUUCUGAGAUAUUUUGUCUUCGCUUCUGCGUCAGAAUUUCUCACAUCUGAUAAUCAUUUGUUUUUAUCUCAGUCGAUUAUUAUUUAGAUUUUUUUUAACAUGUAUUUGGUGCAGUUUCACUUAUUGACUUUGUGUAAACAUGGAUGAAACUUGUCCUCCUCCCUCUGUCCAGAACUGAAGCCAAAAUAUCGUAGAUAUAAGUGUUUCCAUCUUGCACCAAUUAAGUCGUUUGUAAAUCCCCUGAGUGUCGAGAGAAGCUAAAAUCAGAUGCUACUGGAUCAGUUGCACAUAAUGUCACCAACACCAGGUGGCAGCGCCGCUCUUUUAUAUUCAGUCUGUAAAAGCACCAUUAAACCAGGUAUAAGGGACCAUUAUCAGCAGCUGGUUAAAGUAAUUUUGGACCAACAAGAAGUUAACUUCCUGACCAAACACUACAGAGUAACAUGAGACCUUUAAUUUUAAUACUUUUGAGACUCUUUCCCUUUAAUCAUCGACUGAUCCCAGACUGGACGUCGUGUUCGUCACCUGCAUAUGAAAGCAAAAUGUUUUGUGUGUGUGAGUUUUCUCGAUGAUUUACUUCAAUAGUUACUGAAACUCCUGAAAUUUGGUGCUAAUUACGAGGAAAACGACGCGUAGUUUAUUCUGUUGUGUCUUGAAUUUGCAAACAUCACAAAUCACCGCACGGUGCAGCUUAAACGUCUUUGCUCCCCUUCUACAUAAAGAACGACUCAAAACAUCAGAGAACCCAGUCAAACACAUGAAACAGAAAUAUUAUACGUGUGCGUUUAUUUAUCCUGGAAACCUUGAGGACUAAAAGUUCAUUUCAAGUCCAAAUUAGAGCCCAUCUGUUCAGAAGUGAUUCCAAUCAAAACGAGAGGCACAAAAAGCUUUUCUAUACGCGAGGAGUAAAGUCUGAAAUACCAGAAUCACAAAUUAAUCUUAUGUUUUCCUGUAAUUAAAACCAAAUUUCAGAUAUUUCCAGGUCGUUUCCUGCCUCGCACUCUGUGUAAGCGCUGCAGUAGUCUGUGAUAAAUAUAAACUCUACAAAGAUGUCAUUUAUCUUUAUGUGAAUGUAAUUUAAGAAGAAAUGUCAACUGCCUUUUCUUGUGUUAUCUCGAGAAAUGUGUUUUAAAUGUGAACAAAUGAAGACGUAUCUGCUGCUUUUUCUUUUUUUUAAUUUAUUGUUGUCGUCCUCGAUGUGCCUGCGGCGCCGCUGAAAUAUGAAACGCUGUAAAUCAAACAACCGGAGAAGAAUUAUUACUGCGGCGUCUAAUCUGCCUCACGUGUUCAAUUAUAUUCGCCGUGUGUCUGUGAUUGGUUCAGCUGUCGUGGAAUAAAUAAUUUAUUGUUUAGUGAA